UGUAUAAGAUUUAAAGCAAGCAAAGCUUUCCUCGUCAGUGUAGAAAGUUCAUCAAAGUGUGCAUGAUGUGGCACCACAUAGUGAGACUUGUACUCACGUUCUUGGUGCAUGUGUGUGUAAACAUGCAUCUCUGUGUGUGGCUGUGUGGGAGUGUAGGAGAGGGAAGGAGAUGAGUUGGGGAGAUGGACAGAUUGUGUAUUUGUGUGUGUGUGUGUGUGUGUGUGUGUGUGUGUGUGUAUUAGGGGGUGGGUGCAUUAGCCCGUGUCAGACAGCAGACAGCAAAGAGUGCCGCAUUUAUCUAGGAAUCUGAGCCAAAGCAACCUCACUAACACAGAGCGAGCCGGAGAAAGGAGAUGACAGCGAUGAGAUGAAGUGAGGAAAAAGGAAAGAAGAGAUGAGACGAGAUGCACAAAAAUACAAGGAGCUAAACAAAAAGGACAAAUCAGUGAAUCGUUUCCACCUGAAGAAGCCAUUACUGGGUUAAAAGAGAAAAGUGAAGUUUGCUGGGAAUCAUCAACAAAAAGCAGAGAAGGGAAAUAAGUUUGGAUCACAUCUCCAGAGCUUUCAACAAAGGUUUAGAAAAGACCUGCAUCGCUGCAUUUUUCUCAUGAUUCCUCCCAGCUCUUUCAGCAUGCUUCCUCUGCUAUCACUCUGUUUGGGAGCACUGCUAUCCUCAAAUGCAUCUCCAGCCUGCACACAACCUCCUUGCAGAGAUAGCCUAGUAGCUGCACCCAUCUCACCAGGGACAGGAGCAGGAGUGGCUACCGGGGCCUGUGAGGGUCAAGCUGGGACAACUAUCUGCAGGAUGGGGGUUUCACUUCCAGCGAUCUCAGAUGCUCCUCGGAGGGUGGAGCACAGACCCGAUUCCCAGAAGGUUCAGUAUAAGAGUGGAGGUGUCAAAGAGCGCCUGGUUCAGCUGCAGCGCUGCAUGCGCUCUCUCCAGGAAACAGGGGGGCCCUUGAGUCACGGGGGCCAGGAGAGCAACUCUCUAGGGGCCAUUCUGGCUUUAAUGGCAGCUGUGCUGACUGAGUGUGACCUCCACUGUCACAGUCAGGCCCUUGGGGCGAUGGCCAAACGUCUGGAGAGUGCAGCAGUAGGAAGAGAAGGGGAGAAAGACCUGUUGCUUUUCCUCAAGAGCAUCACACACCAUCCACCCACAGUUGCCCCUUUGGAGAGGUUACAUCCUCAGGAUUGUGCAGAGAUUUACCGACUUGGGAUCAAAGAGAACGGGAUCUACACCAUCCAGCCUGAUUUGCAUGGGCCGGCGUUGGAGGCUAAAUGUGACAUGGAGACUGCGGGCGGCGGGUGGACAGUGGUCCAGAAUCGUCAGGAUGGCUCGUUGGACUUCAACAGAACAUGGCAGGAAUACCGGGAAGGCUUUGGCAGUCUGCAGGGAGAACACUGGCUGGGUAAUGCAGCGCUGCAUGCCCUCACCUCCACUGGCCAACACCAACUCCGCAUUGAGCUUGAGGACUGGCACCAACAGAAGCGCCAGGCAACCUACAACAACUUCAAAGUGGCCUCGGAGGCACAGAGGUAUCGCCUGACAGCCCGGGAGUACUCUGGUGAUGCAGGUAAUGCACUGAGCUACAGCAAGCGGUACAACCAUGAUGGCAGACCUUUCAGCACUGCUGACCGAGACCACGACCGUUACGCAUCUGGAAACUGUGGUCAGUACUACGGUGCUGGCUGGUGGUUUGAUGCUUGCCUGGCAGCAAACCUGAAUGGAAAGUAUUAUCGUGGCCGUUACAGUGGCGUCACCAAUGGUAUCUACUGGGGGACGUGGUACAUCCUAACAGACGGACGAACUGGAGAACGCUACUCCUUCAAGAGGGUGGAGAUGAAGACAAGACCCAAGAACUUUAUGGGAACACACUAAAGAUCAUGAGGCGGUGGAAAGUUAAUCAUGUCAAAGGGAAAACCUGUUUGCAUUGUCCUUGAUUUAAUAGAUGUUUUAGUCGCUGCCUGUACAUCCACCUAUUUAGAACAGUUUUCUUGUCACAUAUCAGUUACAUGCAUAUGGCAGCUAAUCAAUAGAAGAAACGUUUUAUUAAUUGUGUGAAUUCUCGUUUGCAAAACACAUGGCAAUACAAAAUGUGAAACAAAGAAAUAGAUACAUGAAAAUACUGCUUGUAAAAGUUGUGAUAAAUUACCAGAAUCUUUAUUGCACAUUAAAAAUAACAUUCAAUUAAUUGCUACGACAUCUGCUCCAGCAUGUGUUCGCACACAAUGAUUGUUUAUUAAAGGUGGUUUUAUUGGAGUGGCUGCAGAUAAGACAUGACAGAGAUGAAACCUGCAUAUAAAAGUGAUCCUACAAGCGUGCCACGUGUCCUUCCCUGAGCUCCACGACCCAUUAAAAUACAAGCUGUCUGCAACAGCUCACAUGAUUAUUAGGUCAGAUGAUGUCAUGAUAGUGAAGAGGUCAUAGAGGUCAUCACAUCCCUGCUCAGUGCUUCGAACUUAAAAAACAGUUUCUGUCUAACCACAGACCCAUGUGUUCUGCCUCCAGCUGUAUUAAUAUGGGGCCAAACCCAAAGCUCUCGGUUUCACACUCAACAGAGAGUGGCCCGGUUUUGAAGAAGCCAUUUUUCUCACCUCACCUAACUAAUACUCUCCCACGUCCAAGCCUCACACACUGAUGCUGAUUCAGAGCUUUAUUCAGUUGUCAAACCAUACUGCAAAACUGUCCUCCGCCCUCAAACACACACACACACACACACACACACACACACACACACACACACACACACACACACACACUUGCCCUCACCUGCUCUCUAGAG